AGGCUACGGGUGUACAGGAUAAAGUAAUGGGUGCUGCGCAUCUUUUGUGUUUUCUAUGUUCAUCUCAGUGUGUUUUAUGCAACAUUUUACAUCUGAAACGUUCCCUCUGCUGUUUCUCACACAGAUAUAUGUCAGGAGCUUGAGGACGCAGACACCCCGUUAUCCUGGCAGUGCGAUGGCCGCCUUGAUUGACUACAUUCAGCGCAGAGACCAGGAGAGGGUAGCUGCUGUGGCCAGGCCUGCCCCAGCCAGCACCGCCCCAGCCAGCACCGCCCCAGCCAGCACCAUCCCAGCCAGCACCAUCCCAGCCAGCACCGCCCCAGCCAGCACCACCCCCGCCAGUAACGCCCGGCCCAACAGCGCGGCUACGCCUCUUGGUCCUGCGAUAUCUGCGUUCCUUUCAAGGCGCUCUCUCGCCCCAGGUGAACUGCAGGCGAAGAUGAAGAAACUCAUUGCAGUUCAAGGGGUGUCUUUCCCUCGACCAGCACUGCCGCCAACAGAUCUAUCAGACACAGGGCUGGUCAAAGCAGCUGCUGACAGAACAUGUUUGUUUUUACGUCACUAUUAAUUAACAUAGGAAGUUUGAUACGUUUUGAUAAGUAUUCAGUUAAAGUUUGCUGACAUAUUAAAGUGUGUUACAUUUUUCCCUGUCAUCAGCCCAAGGAAAUGUAUUGGUAAGAGUCAUCUGGAUUUUGAGGAGAGUCACUGCAUGUAUGAACUAUUAAAUAUGUUACCUAUCCAUUGUAGCUGCCAUCCUGCAUGUCACUGUCACACCCUGACCUUAGAGAGCCUUUUUAGGGCUCUAUUUGGUUUGGUCAGGGUGUGAUUUGGGUGGGCAUUUGAUGUUCUUUA